CCCCCGGCCUUUCACCGGCCUUCGUUUACCAAGGAGGCGAAGGGCGUCAUGGGAGUUGUAGUUUCAGGUUCCUCCUCCCCGUUAGUUUGCUACCCAGCAGGCAGUAGGGGAGAGAGGUGCCCGUCAAGAUGGCAUCGUUUUGCUUUCGGAAGCUCGACUUCCUUCCUGCCACAUUGAAACAGUCAUCAUGCAUAAUGGUGCCUUUUCGAAUGGACAAUCAAUCUUUUCACAGUAGCCGAAGAUGCUUGGAAGAAAUGCAGAAGAAAGCACAGACUGGUGAACAAACAUACAGACAUGUAGAAUAUAAUGCCCCAAGAAGGUUCAAGAUCGGUCCUAACCCCGUUGCUAUUGCUUGGGUCAUUGGUUUGCCCUCUGCAUUUGCCCUUUUCUUCCUUGCUAAGAGACAAGUGGAAAACAAACGUGUGAAACAGAUGAAAGCUCGCCGACAGAUGAUGGCAGCCAGUAAAGAAGAUAGUUUGACACAAAGAACAGGAAAGCAUUUAGACACGAAGACCAGUUGAACUGUAUACUUCAAUCAUUAAGUUACUAUCUUCAGAUUCUCAAAUUCUAAUACUUAAUUGGAGCAUAGUGCUGUGCUGCAGAGCGUUUCUGAUUUCUCAGUCUGCAUUUCUAUGUAUCAAAGUUAACAAUAAAUUAUCAUCAAGAUUACCACAAUAAUCCUCAACAUUAGAGGUAUCUCAAGCAAGAAGCAGUGGCCUGCUUUAAGUGUAUUAUGGUUUUCUUGCAUCCAAAGCAUUUUAUGCUAAAUCUGGAUAACUGAAGAUGAAAUCGCAGGAGUUGUGAUAAUGUGGGUCAUGAGAACUCAACAAAGCAGUUUGUACUUUAUUUUUUCCUACUUUGUGAGCAAUGUUCCCUGAAUAAUUGUGUGUUCUUUCAGUUAUACCACUUCAUAUUGGGGCUAGCAAAUGAAACCAGAUCACACCAUUCUACUUUACCAAAAUGUAUGUGAAACAUUGAACUUAUUAAAAUAUUUGAAAAAUUUUAAAGUGCAGUUUAGUUUAUUAUAGAUACUUGAGAAGAAUCCAAGCAAAUUUGUAAUUUUGAAUGAUUGGCAAGCUAAUUGAUUCCAUUCCAACAGUUAGGCAAGCUAAACACCCAGAUUUUACCUGCAGGUUUUAGCCUAGUCUUAGGAUCCUAAAAAUAGUGAUAAAAUUAUAGGGUCCUUUUUAAUGUAUCAAACUGAACAGUACAUUGUUAGGAAUAAAAUUCUGUUUGCAGUAAUUGCUGUUAAAUUGUUACUACUGUUUUUCAAUCUCAUUAAACUUUCUGCUUUCUA